GGGGGCAGAGACAGAUACGUAUGUGUAACAUUCAUUCUAGAUCAGCAGGAGAUGAACGAGGCAGAUAGAGACAGAAAGAUAGAGAACUAGAUUAAGACAGACACAUACAAGAGAGAGAGACAAAAGGAGACAGGUAGAGAGAGAAAUUAAGACAAGAAAACCAAGAGACAGUGGAAGUAUCCCAAAAGUGAAGCUAGUAAAAUAGAUAUCCUGUCUCUCUGUGGAGAGGAGCUCCAGCAUGCUGCUGUUGGCUGGCCUGGUGCUGCUCCUGCUGCUGCUGCUGCUGCUCCUGGUCUGGAGGAGGAGGGGGGGACGGGGGCUUCCACUGCCCCCAGGCCCCACUGGUCUACCCCUGCUGGGAAACCUGCCCCAAGUGGACAAGAGAGCCCCCUUCAAGACCUUCAUGAAGUGGAGUAAGCAGUAUGGGCCGGUCAUGACUGUGCACCUUGGGCCCAAACGGUUUGUGGUUCUGAGUGGGUACCAGGCAGUGAAGGAGGCGCUGGUGUACCAGGCAGAAGACUUCACUGGAAGGGCACCAGUGCCGUUCCUCAAUAGAAUCGUCAGGGGAUAUGGUUUGGCCAUCAGUAACGGUGAGCGCUGGCGCCAGCUGAGACGCUUCACACUGAGCACGCUCAGAGACUUUGGGAUGGGCCGCAAGAGGAUGGAGCAGUGGAUUCAGGAGGAGAGCCGACAUCUGCUGGAGAGUAUGAGAGAAACCAAGGCAACUCCGUUCAACCCCACAUUCUUCCUGAGCCGCGCCGUGUCCAAUGUGAUUUGUGCCCUGGUGUUUGGACAGCGCUUCAACUACGACGACACCAGCUUCCUGCGUCUCCUGCACAUCAUCUCAGCCACACUACGCUUUGGGAGCAGCCCCUUGGGGCAGUUUUACAACCUGUUCCCCAAGCUGAUGGAUCACCUACCUGGCCCCCAUCACACUGUCUUCAGCCAGAUAGAGGAGCUUAGGGCCUUUAUCACAGAGAGGAUCCACCAGCAUAAGGAGACACUGGACCCAGACAACCCCCGAGACUACAUUGACUGUUUCCUCAUCAGACUCAACCAGAUGAAGGAGCAGCCUGCGUCUGAGUUCACCUAUGAUAACAUGAUAGCAACGGUCCUCAAUCUCUUUAUGGCUGGAACUGAGUCCACCAGCACUACCAUCCGAUAUGCCUUCAUGUUGCUUAUCAAGCACCCAGAUAUUCAAGAGCACAUGCAUAGGGAGAUUGACACGGUGCUUGGCCAACAUGGCAUCCCACAAAUGGAGGACAGGAAGUCCCUCCCCUUCACUGAUGCUGUCAUCCAUGAAGUUCAGCGUUACAUGGACUUUGCUCCCCUCAGCGUUCCCCACUACGCCACCAAAGACAUCUCAUUCAGGGGCUAUGCCAUUCCUAAGGACACCGUGAUCAUUCCCAUGCUGCACUCUGUGCUCAGGGAUGAGGACCAAUGGGAGGAUGCCUGGAAUUUUAACCCAGAGAACUUCCUGGAUCACAAUGGCAACUUCAAGAAGAACCCAGCCUUCCUUCCUUUCUCUGCAGGUAAGCGGGCGUGUGUGGGUGAGUCUCUGGCGCGGAUGGAGCUCCUGCUCUUCCUGGUGUCCAUUGUGCAGCAGUUCCACCUCAGCACCCCUGGAGGACCAUCCCAUCUGGACACAGAGCCUGAGUGCAGCAGCUUUGUCCAACUUCCUGCUCAGUACCAACUCAUUGCCACGCCCCGCUGAUCCACUUCCUGCUCAGUACCAACUCAUUGCCACGCCCCACUGAUCCACUUCCUGCUCAUUACCAACUCAUUGCCACGCCCCGCUGAUCCACUUCAGUGCUGCAUGCCAGUACAAUCCAUGUACAUGUUCAGACAAUGUUUCACUAACAUUUCGGAGACGUGUAUUAACAGAAAAUCAAGUUUGGAGGAAAUCAACCGUGAAUUUUGUGACGUGUAAAUUGAAAUAAAUGCAAAGCAAUUGAUACUUCA